AUGAUUAUUAAAGAAUAUAGGAUUGCACAAUUGUACGCAGUUGCUGAAGCUUCAAAAGCUGAAACUGGUGGAGGUGAAGGAGUGAAAGUGGUUAAGAAUGAACCCUAUGAAAAUGAAAACGGAAAAGGACAAUACACAUAUAAAAUUUAUCAACUUUCUAGCAAAGUUCCAUCCAUUAUUCGAGUUUUGGCACCUAGUGGAGCUCUUGAAUUAUAUGAAGAGGCAUGGAACGCAUAUCCUCAUUGUAAAACAGAAACUAUGCACGUGAAUGAUAGUCGCGGUGAAAUAGAUAAUGUAUUAAAUCUUCCACAAGAUUUACUUGAACAACGUAAAGUUAUAAUAAUUGACGUGGCAAAUGAUACAAUUGAUCAAAAGGAUUAUAAGGAAGAUGAAGAUCCUACUUUGUAUCAUUCUAGAAAAACUGGCAGAGGACCAUUGAAAGUUACACCUGUUAUGACUUGUUAUAAGCUUGUAACUGUUGAAUUCAAAUGGCGUGGGAUUCAAAGCAAGAUUGAAGCAUUUAUUCAUAGUACGAUGCAAUCGUUGUUUACAAGAUUUCAUAGACAAUUAUUUUGUUGGACUGAUAAAUGGUUUGGUCUAUCAUUGGAUGAUAUAAGAAAAUUAGAAGAUAAAACGAAACAAGAACUAGAUGAGUCAAUCAAAGCCCCAAUAACGAACCAAAGCCAAUCUGAUUAA